GCCCCGCCCGUCCGCCAUGGAGCGUGAGGAGCGCGCCGAGGCGGCGGCCGAGCAGCUGCGGCUGUACCGGCGGGACCCCGGCGGCUGGAAGGGCUGCCGGAGCACGGGCGAGGUCGCGGUGUCCUGGAGACCCUCGGCGGAGUUCGCUGGUAACCUGUACAGGGGAGAGGGGAUCCUGCCCGCCAGCCCGCGGGAUGUCUGGGAAUGCAUCAAGCCGGUGGCCGGCGGGCUCAGGACCAAGUGGGACCAAAACGUGAAGGACUUCGAGGUCAUCGAAGCCCUCACCGAUACUAUCUCUGUAUGCAGAACCACAACCCCUUCAGCUUUCAUGAGGAUUAUUUCACCAAGAGAAUUUGUGGAUGUGGUAGUAAUGAAGCAAUAUGAAGAUGGGACAUUGCUGUCUGCUGCCACCAACGUGGAACACCCGCUGUGUCCACCUCGACCAAAUUUUGUGAGAGGUUUUAAUUACCCUUGUGGCUGUCUCUGUAUACCUGUUCCAGGGUAAGAAAUUAUCUACUUGACUUU